CAGCGUAGGGUUGUGUUCUAUUUUUUGCAUGGUCCUGUUAUGGCAAUAGUAUUUUACCGUUUUUCUGAUACUGUUGACAUUUAGAUCUGUUAAUGUUAUCUUGUUUUCAAACGGCCUCGGGGCAGCAGCAUUGAACAAUGCAAUGACCGGGUUCAAAAUAAGAAAGUUAUCUGAAUGUGUAGGUAGCGUUUUAACUAGGCAAACGUGCAUAUUAUUGAAUCCAACCUUGACAAGGAAUGGACUGUUUUUGACUUGGUCUUGCAACCCGUCUAUAAACAGAAUUGCAGUGACUUUGCAAGAACCAUUUCAUUUAAUACAAGAACUAUGCAACACUCGUUUAGAAAGUGAAAAAACAAAAGCGAACUUGCAGGCGACAAACCACAGCCGUGGUAGUAUUAGUAAUAGUCAUAGUCGUAUUUGUGCUAGUGGUUUGUUUCAAAAUCAUAAUGAAAAACAAACAACAACUAACCCAGAGUCGACUAAACUUUUCAAUAAACCUUCUGGAUCGGGCAGGGAGCCCAAUUAUUGUGUCCAAAAUACUUUAAAUCGGUUUCACCAACUACGUUCUGAAACAAUAAAGAUAAUUGCUGCUUUAACAAAGUCUAGGUUUUACGAAAAAAACAUUCCUCUAGAGACAAUUCAUCAACAAACUUCACCUCGAAGAAAGCCAACUUUAUUCCUGCAGCCUGUUGCUGGCUCGAAGUCAAAGACUAAACUUUCUGGUGAACUUGUUAUCGUUGGAAUGGAAUGUGACGGACAGCAACAUUUGCAGCUAGGAAAUGCAGCCAGCGCUGGUGUGCUUAUAGGUCCCAGCCCCGAUGAAGACAGAUUAAUUUCUGAUUUGAAAGCUGAUACAAGAGAACACUUGGAUGGUGAAAUCGAAAAUGCUCCAAAAGAAAAGAGAGAGAAGAAAAAGACCAAAACAAAAGGCAAAAAAAAGAAACUGAAGCCAACUGCAGCCUGUUUGGACAGUCUGUCGGCAGAACUGCCGUUUGCUAACACAGAAAUCAAGAAGGAGUUUGGCAUUAUAACGUCUGAAAAAAGUCUGAAGAAAAAGAGAAAAAGAACACUUGCUGCAGAGAGUGAAGAAGAUGCAGGAAAAAAGAAGAAACCUCAACGCCCAAAUUACUUUGUGUCCAUUCCAAUCACAAACCCCAAGAUUAUAACCAGUAUUGAAGCCAUUCAAGAUGUGAUCCUACAGAAGGAUCACAGAUUCUCUAAGGCUAUGAUUCCAGCCAGCACCCUUCAUAUCACCCUGCUGGUGACCUACUUGGGCAACGAAGAAGUCAACAUGGCAGUUUAUGCCAUGACUGAGAUGAAGGAUACCCUUCUGGAUAUGCUGCAGGGGAAAGAGCUGGUUUUACCUUUUCAUGGAAUUGGACAUUUCCGAAGUGAAGUGGCAUUUGUGCAAAUGGUAGAAGGAGAGCAUGUGAUAGCGCUUACAAAAAUUGCAGAGACUGUUAAAAAGAGGUUUGAAGAAAAGGGCAUCUUGGUCACGGAUAGCAAAGCUUUCAAACCACAUCUGACCUUCAUGAAGCUCUCAAGGGCACCAAAGCUGCGCAGUCAGGGCAUUAAGAAGCUGGACCCAAAGCUGUAUGAGAAUUUUGAGCAUCGCAAUUUUGGAGAGGAGACAGUGGCUCGGCUUGAUCUUUGCUCCAUGCAGAAGAAAAAGCAACCAAAUGGAUAUUACCAUUGUGAGACCUCCAUUGAUUUGGAAGUGUAAAUGCUGUUAAGCUAAAGGUUAUGGCAUCAGACUUCACCCAGCUACCUCUCCUCCUCCUCUCCUUACACCCCAACCCAACCUCUCUGCUUCACCUGCACUAGAAGACUAGCUGUACCUCCUCUACACUCCCCUGCCCUCAGAGACCGCUCCCUCUCCACCCUCG